AUGGGCGGAGGUGGGCCAUCGGACGGAAUGGUUCGCGGUUGCCGGGCCCGAGGCUGCCCGUCGCGGGACCGUUGGCCGACGGCGUCUGCGCCCACUCCGAGCGCCGGCCGUGAGCGCCAACAAAGAUGGGUUCUCGAGAUGCGUCAGUCCUCCUUUGCGGCGCUCGACUCGCAGGUCAGGGGUCAAUUAGUGCCUCUGUGUGUGUGUGUGUGUGCGGAAAUCGUCUUGCCCUUGGUUGUGAUGAGCGAGAGGCUAUCUCCUUUGAUUCAACACUUGCGAGAUGGGCAAAUAUGUGGAGCUGGUCGUCUCGUCUCGUCUCGUCUCGUCUCGUUUCGUGUCCCAGUCCGCCUCGGGACAGUCGCAGCGACGAGCUGGCCUCGGCGCAUCCACUCGCCAGUCCGUGCAGGCCGCCACGGACAGCCAAUCACAGCUCGCCGGCUGGCCCAGUCCUACGGGCGGACAGGCAAGCAGGCGGGCAGAGGCAGGCUGAGGCAGGUUGAGGCGGCUCGUCUGAUUGGCCCAGCCGGCGGGUCGACGGAUCAAUAUCCAUCCGUUGGCCUGCUCAGCCAGUAG